CGCGAUGCGACAAAAGCGGCAUUACAGCUUCAGGAACACGAUUUUUGCAACUGAGCUGCUGUCCGAUCGGAACCUUGCCAACCUGAUACAGCUUCUUCUCGUCAAAGAGAGACUACCGCCAAGAUGCCCAAGUUCUUCUGCGAUUACUGCGAUGUGUACCUCACGCACGACUCCAUGAGCGUGCGCAAGGCGCAUAACAGCGGUCGAAACCACCUGCGCAACGUCGUCGACUACUACCAACAAAUCGGUCACGAAAAGGCCCAGUCCGUCAUCGACUCCAUUACCUCAUCCUACGCCGCAGAAGGCCAAGCGCACAACAACCCAAUGCUGCCACAAAACCAGCCUGGAUCGGCCUUCCCUCCGCCGUUCCCCUUCCCAGGAGGUGUCCCCCCUCCCUUCCCCGGCAUGCCCGCCGGCGCACCCCCCUUCCCUCAAGGCAUGAUCCCACCCCCAGGACAAGCAGGCCGCGGAAUGCCGCCCAUGCCUCCCUUCCCCCCGGGCCCCAACGGCUCACCAAUGCCCCCAGGAGGCCUACCGUUCCCCCCGCCCGGCGGUCUCCCAGCCGGCCUCCCCUUCCCGCCCCCGGGCGCGCCGGGCGGUCUGCCCCCCAACUUCCAGUUCCCCGGUAUGCCGGGCGGCGGCGCGUUCCCGCCUGGUCCUCCUGGUGCAUUCCCGCCCGGUGGUGGACCUCCGGGUCAGGACAGGCGGUAGAAUGCUGUGCGGCUGUCUUUGUCCACAGCAAACUGCAUUAUCUGGGCGCGUGUCUUCUUGGUACAAGUGGGAUUGGUGUUUAGGCGUCAUAUUCAGGGCAAAAGGGUGUAUCAAAAAACUUAGGUUUUCAUGACAUGGGCAUGGUAUAUCACAUUCAAUCAAACACAUGGAAGCAAAAGCUCAUCCUGCAAAACCGAGAAAUGGGCCAAGCAAGUUUCGUUCCGAAACGCUGAGUUAGAUGGUAUCUUGACGAG